AUGCAUUUUUAUUCUAAUGCCGAAUUCUUUGGACCAGAUGCAAGAAGUAAUAACGUAAUAUCUGACUGGAUGUUGCAGUCUUUAAUGAGAGAAAUGUCUAAACCUGAAAAUAAUGUAAACGCUUUGUCGUGGCGACGUUUGCAUCUCAGCAGAGCGAAAUUAAAAGCUUCUAGUAGAACUUCUGCUUUGUUGUCCGGUUUCGCAAUGGUUGCCAUGGUUGAAGUACAGCUUUCAAAUAAAAUUCCUACUGGUUUGCUGAUAGCUUUCAGCAUAUGCACAACACUACUUGUUGCAGUACAUUUGUUGGCACUGAUGAUUUCAACAUGCAUCUUACCGAAUGUUGAAGCUGUUGCUAGCAUCCAUGGUCUCGCUGCGGUUUCUGAAUCUCCCCACGAGAAGAUGCAUCGCUACAUUGAAGCCGCUUGGGCAUGUUCUACUGUUUUUGGGAUUUUAUUAUUCUUAGCAGAAAUAGCUAUCCUCAGUUGGGUUAAGUUUUAUGAUUAUAGCAUAGCAGCUGCUGCUGCUGCGACUAUCAUUUUGAUUCCUGUUGUUGUAAUAUUUGUUGUAUUUGCUGUGCACUUCUACAGAAAACUUGUGGCUCAUAAGUAUGAAAGGUCAACCCAGGGACUUAGAGAAUUGGAGACCAUGGUUACUCAGCUACAAAAUAAUGGGACAGAGCUAUCUAUCAAUGGGCCAUAUGUGAUGACUGUAUAA